ACUCUCUCUCUUCUCAAAUGCGCAAGGACGGCUCGCCCCCCACCUCGCGGGUCGCACUGCGUCCGCCCGGCUUCUACCUUUACAAAAUAGAUGUGUUCGAGACGAAAAAUAGCUAUUGCCUGGUCGGGUGGGACGUAAGGAAAACCUCGUACAGAGUGCUGGAGGUUGACAGAAUGCCCCGAGACCAGCUGAACCUCAGAGAGCACCAUAAGAGCUACACAAGAGACGAGGCGGUGAAUUUCUUGAAGUUUUUGGACGUGACCAGCAAGAGCACCGGCGGGCUGAAGCGCCUGACCUCUUGCUACGGCCUGCUGGGUUUUUUUCGCCUGACUAGCUGCUACUACAUGCUAUUGAUUAAGAAGAGAGUUCAGGUCGGGAACAUCGGUCGCCAUCGCGUUUUCGCCAUUAAGAAGACAAAGCACUACACCGUUCCUCACUACUCGAUCCAAGAGCCCCUUUCUUCCGAGGAGAAGCGAUACAAACGCAUCUUCUUCUCGCUCGAACUGAGCGACGACUUUUAUUGGUCUCCCACCUACGACCUCACCUCGACGAUGCAGGCAAACUCCACCAGGCCGCGUCGCGGGCGUUUGCCCUUCAACGAGACCUUCUGUUGGAACCACUACCUGCUUUCAACGCUCGUUGAGCGCUCCGUCAGCGCGUACUGGAUGCGGUCGGUUAUUUGCGGCGCGUACGCGCAGAAGACGUUGGACCUGAUCGGCCGAAACGUCUGUCUGGUGCUCAUAGCCAGGCGCUCCCGCUUCUACGCGGGCACGCGCUACUUGAAGCGCGGCUGCGACGAGCGGGGACACGCUUCCAACGACGUCGAAAUUGAACAGGUGCUGUCAAAUUCGGGCCUUGGGGUCGGGAACGAGAGAUUCGUCGCCUACGUCCAACACCGCGCCUCGAUCCCCCUGUUUUGGUCCGAACAACUCGAAAGCAUCAUGCCCAAGCUGCCCAUCGUCAUUCAAAAGGUGGACCCGUUCUACAGCGCCACCAUCCUGCACUUCAUGGACCUAAUGACGCGGUACGGCAACCCCGUCAUCAUCUUGAACCUCGUCAAGUCCAAGGAGUCGAUUUGCCGCGAGACCCUGCUGCGCAGCGCCUUCCAGGAGUGCGUCCAGUUCGUGAAUAGCACCAUCACUCAAGAGGACGCGAAAAUCUUGUACAUUUCUUGGGAUUUCAAGAAAGCUGCCAAAGGCAGCAAGUUCGAGCUCUAUCGCGACAUGAAGGCGAUUGCUCGACUGUCGCUGCUGCACACGCGCAUGUUUUGUUCCGAGGCCCCGCGGGGGGCGAAUUUCAGGGGGCUACGCGGGCGCGGCUGGCAGUCUGGCGGCGACCAGCUGCCAAAGUCGCGGUGCCUGUUACAGCGCGGCGUGGUGAGGACGAAUUGCGUCGACAGCAUCGACAGGACGAGCGCGGCUCAGUACCUCAUAGGCCUGUCCGUACUCGCCAAGCAGCUCUACGUGCUGGAGCUCUCGAAAGAAGACGACGACCUCGCGUUCGACUCUGACCUCGCGUUCGUUUUGAUGAAGUUGUACGAGAUUAUCGGGCACCGCCUGGCGCUGCAGUACGGCGGCUCCGGGCUGGCGCACACGGUGGAGACCUUCACGAACAGCUCCAUCGUCGGGUACAGCCUGGACUUUUUGAAGACGCUGCAGAGGCGCUAUCGGAACACGUUCACGGAUCAAGAGAAGCAGAGGUCCAUCAAUUUGUUUUUGGGCGUCUUCAGACCGUGGGAGCAGAAGUCCGUUCACCUCUGGGACAUGGAGUCCGACUACCUGCUGCAUCACGGUCCGCCGCCGCCGGAAAAGGAUCCCAUUUCUUCCAAGUGUUGGUGGAAGAGGGCGCUACAGCUGCACGAAGGAAUCGAUUGUGCGACCGAGGUGCUGAGCGAGGAAGAGAGUGAAAAAAUCGCGACCGACGAGAGACAGACCGCCUUUGACACGAACCUGCACGCCGACUUCUAUCAGACGUUCAAGCUCACUUCGUUCGACAAGCACCUGCUUCAUAAAUUCCGAAAGCCCAUUCGAAUGUCUCUGUUUUCGCGCGAAAACUCCGACAUCUUCAAAAAGCGGUCUGCCGGCAACGACGGCGCGAAAAACAACAUCAUGAAGUGGUUCUGGCACGCAGACGAUCGCUCGGUCGAACCAACGACGCCCCUCACUUCAAAAAAACCGCAGUUUCAGACCGAAAAGGCCUGUCACCACAUCUCUCCUUCGUACGACAGCAACCAAGAAUUUCGAUUCUGUCCACCCUUCCCUCCUCGCGUCUACUCCAACUACCUGAGCACGGCCGAGUCCUCGCCCAAACAGGACGACAAAAAAAGUCAACGACGUGUCGCCGUUCAAUUUGAGCAAUUUUUAUCGUUCGAACGAAGAACGUUAACCCCAACCGCGACCCGCAGAGUCUCCUCCACUUAUCAACAGCUCGUCUCUCGAUGGACUCACCUUCGCGUCGUCCAAAGCGACCUGCAAAUAUACAACGAAUGCGUCGCGACGGCACUCGAGCCCUCUAGCGCCUCGACCGCCUGCGACCGCCCUCAACACCAAUGCAAUGCCUCCUAUCUCUUGGCGUAAGUGAUCAACAACCCGUAGUCGUCGGGGGAGCACUUCCAGCCCUGGUACUCCCCCAUCGCCUUGGCAGCUUGAAUUUCCGACUCGUAAAAAACAAAAGCGACGUCACGGUUCGGAGGCACCUUCGUCUCCUUGUACCCAGGAAACUUGGAAAACAAGCUGGCCAGCGUCGACUCGGCCAUGUUUCCCGGUAUUUUUUGAACGAACAGAAUGUUGCUCGGGGGAUUCAAGUCAAUGGGUGCCUCGAACACCGCUCGCUUCGACGCCGGCUCUCCCUCCGCUUCAAACAGAGAGAGUCAGCUGUACCAAAAAAACAAAAAAACAAAAAAAAAAACGUAC